AUGGGGACGAUAUGGCGGCUCUCCACAUUAAUGCUCUUGUUAAUGACGUAUUCUGCUCUGCUCAGUGCUCAUCGUGAACACAAGGUCCAUAACAUCGUGUUGUAUCCUGAUAAGCACAGUUGGUGCAAGACGACGCCCAUAAAGCAAGUAGUGACAUGGCCCCAGUGUUCUUCACAGGAAUUGGAUAAUAACGUAUGCGUCGGCGCUUGUUUCUCAUACAUGGUACCCCACAGCGAACCUUCCGCACCCGGUGAUCUCAUAAGACCUUAUUGCGACUCCUGUCAACCCCUGGACAGCGUUUGGCAUACCGUUACGCUAGAUUGCAAAGAUGAGCAGAAUAAUCCAGUGACCAUGCAGAAGAAGGUUCAGAUUAUCACAAAUUGCUCCUGCAGUUCUUGCAUGGAAACUUCGAAGAUUAAGCCAGAUUACAACACCCUACUGCAGUCGCUGACGGAGGAGAACUUGGACAAGAAUGUGAACGUGGCGCACGAGACACCCGACUUACUUUUGGAUCCGAACUUAAACGCCUCGAAGAACACGACGAGAGAUGGAGCGCAAACCAACGAGCUUCUUCAACUCGUCAAGAAAUUCAAGGUUGAUUCGAAACUGGAUGAAAAUGAGAAAAAAUUGUUCUCUAAGUACGAUGAAAAGAUUGAUUUGGAAAAACUGAAGGAGAUGUUGAAGAAGAACAGUCAAGAGGACAAGGAGGACGAGCACGAGCAUCAUCAUCAGCAUCAACACGAGCACCAGCAUCAACAUCAACAUCAACAGCAGCAGCAACAGCAUCUUCAUCACGGACCGCAUCACUCUCUGGUGUUGGACUCGGACGUGAAGGAAAAGAUCGACGUGGAGCCGCAUUACCUGCAUCCCGCCGUCGCCGGACAAGAGAUCAGUUACCACGACAACAUCCUGGUCGGUAAAGAAAAGAAGAAGGACUUCUAGACUCGUCGAAGCGGAAUUCGUCGUUGCACGAGUGUCGCCUUCGUUCGCCACGCUCGAAAAAAAUUUGCAGUAGUUAGUUGAGAAACGCGUAUAGAUAUUUUUGAUAAGCGAACGAUUAGGAUACCUAGUCCACUAUCUGAUUUUAAUUCUACGUAUUUAUUUACGUAACGAUAAUUGGGUCGUGAGAUAUUAUUUGUUGAUAUAUUUAUUGAUAAUUAUUUUUACAAAAUUACAUAAUAAUGAUUUAUUAUACAUUUUUACAUGAUAAUUGUUGUACAUUUUUACAUGAAAAUUGUUGUACAAAGAGAGACAAAAAUCUCCUUCAUAUUUUAUAUUUUAUAGCUUAUCGUGAAAAAAAAAACUUUUAAAAAUGACAUGCAAGUUAAAAAUAAAUGCAAUCCCUGUAUUUUGAAAUUAAUUCUGUCUAUUGAAAAUGAAAAGGUAAAAUCGGAAGAGCGUGCGUGAGAGAGUGAAAAGAUUGGAAUGGGAGAAAAAAUUCUAAUAUAUAUUUAAUUGUUAUUAUGUUAAUUAAUUAUUUAAAUAGUUGCAUGACAAUCGGGGCGUUUAUUCGAUUUUAAGCAUACGGAGUGACGCUUUAGUGAGAUUUAUAUCCCAAUCGAUAAAAGUAUAUGAAUGAUACUCUGAAUAUCCGUCUCGAUAUGACAUCUGGCCUCUACGGCUUGCAUUGUAUUAUUCUCCUUAGAGAAUAAAGAUCAUCGUGGUCAACAUUCACAUCUUCUCGAUGAUAUUUUGCAAAAGUUCUUCCCUCAUCUCCAUGGACAUUCUUCAUUUACAGGAAGCGUAACUUAUCGUUAAGAAUAAUAUGCUACAUGACGUCAUUCUUAGAUCUUUCUAACACAUAACUUUCCUUUCUUAUUUCUUUGCAUUUAUUCUUCUUAACUAUUUUACACUGUGAGAACUUUUAUAUUGUCUAUCUUCAUACAUCUAAUAAAGAUAAUCUUACUAAAUUUCCGUUUUACUCAUCUCACUUGAGAUAUUUGUAGAUCGUAUGCAAAGAUAAAUUUAAUAUUUAUUUUAAAAAAACUUUAUUAUUUGUAUUGUGUAUUUAAACACACACACACACACACACACACACACACAUUAGUAUAUGGAUCAGAAACUUUUCUUUGUACUUGAAUUUUCUCAAUUAUAUAAGUGAGGUAAUAGAUAAGAAUUAGCGAAUCUUGACGGAACAUUCAGAAAUAACAGAAUUGCGUUACGUGACGAUAUCCUUAUCGAAUUUGUCGAUAUUUAAACGGAUAUCUGAAUAGCUGGAUUUAGAGAUUGUCUAAUUUGUAUCGAUAUAAAUAAGGAAUAAAGAUAACGUUUUAUGAUAAACU